AUGGCACCCUCGCCCACGAUCCGGCGCCUCCUGCGAGAGACCGCGGAACUCUCACCCUCGGCACCAAACCCAUCCGCCGCCUUCCACGCCGCACCUGUCUCAGACGCCGAUCUCCAUGAAUGGCACUUCACGCUGCUAGGGCCGCCCUCACCCUCGCCGUACGCCGGCGGCCUGUAUCACGGGCGCAUCACCCUCCCACCACAGUAUCCGCUCAAGCCACCCAACUUCCGCUUCCUCACGCCCUCGGCCCGCUUCGAGGUCAACCGCGAGAUCUGUCUAAGCAUAUCGGGCUUCCAUGAGGAAACGUGGAUGCCGGCAUGGGGCGUGCGGACUGCGCUGACGGCCCUGCGCACGUUCAUGGCAGAGCCUGGCACUGCCGGGCAGGUGGGAGGGCUGGAGGCGCCGGAACAUGUACGGAAGCGGUUGGCGAGGGAGAGUAGGCAGUGGAGGUGUGGCGGCUGUGAGAAAACGAAUGAGGAGGUCAUGAAGGAAUGGUGGGCUGCGUGCCAGGAGCAGGGCGUUAAAGUUGGCGAGGAAGGUGCUGAAGUAGGUCUGGAGGUGCUGCCUGAAGGCAUGGCGGUCGAGGCUCGAGACGUCGGCAAGGGUAAAGGCAAGGAGUCAGAGACACCGCCCAAAGCCGAGGAGCCGUCAAAUGCACAACAGCAACCUACGGUGCCAUCAAUACCACCGCCCGCGCCGCAGCAGCAACCACAUCCUCCAGCAGCGCCAUCAGAACCCCUCCGCCCCCCACCUCCACAACACCACUCCUCCGCCUUCUCCCCCACCCCGACCCCCGAAUCCACUCAACGCGCAGCAGAAGCGCGCCUCACGGCUUCCGAACUCGCCCCCGCCACCUCUUCCCAGCGACCCAUGAUGAACCUGCACGCCCCGCCCCUCGCCGCCGCGUCCGCCGCGCUCGAGCAGCACGCGGCGCUGCAGACGGUCGCCGAGCGGCGCGAGGAGCGCAACAUCACCGCCACUGCGGCCGCCGGGACUAUGACGAUCGAUCGCGCCAUUGCCGGCGUGUUUUUAAUGCUCGUGGUCAUGGUGCUGAAGAAGAUCUUCUAUCCCGCUAGUGGGGGCGUGGAGGGGGCGCCGGGCGGGUUCGGUGAGGGGAGGAGUGGGUGGGGGGUGGAGCGGGAGUUGUGA